AUGGAUAUUAUAUUAGGUAUAAGGGUUGAGGAGGCGACAUUAAUAGCCACCUCAAAAGCAGCCACUCGUGGUAUUUCAGUAUUAAAGGAUAAUGACGAUAAAACAAGACACCUUAAUGCUCAUAACUUAAUUGCCUUCACUGGUGAAGCUGGUGAUACCAUACAAUUUUCCGAAUAUGCACAGGCCAACAUCCAGUUGUAUUCUAUGCGUGAAGAUGGCGUUGAAAUGUCGCCCAAAGCAACUGCGUCGUAUGUAAGAAACCAAUUGGCUACAUCUAUAAGGUCACGUAAACCGUACCAGGUGAAUUGCUUAUUAGCAGGAUUCGAUACAAAGACAAACAAACCGUCAUUGAACUAUAUAGACUAUUUGGGCACCCAAGCAGAAUUGACCUAUGGAGCUCAUGGGUACGCGGCAUUUUAUGCUACAUCGUUAUUGGAUAAGCAUUAUAGAAAAGGAAUGACGGUGGACCAAGGUUUACAAUUGAUGAAAAUGUGUGUCGAGGAGUUGGAAAGGAGAAUGCCUAUUGAUUUUAAAGGAGUGUAUGUGAAAGUGGUUGACAAAGACGGAAUAAGAAAAAUAGAGAAGAGCUAA